AUUGAUGCUAAAUCUGAUGAGGCUACUGGGGGCAAGACGGCCCUUCACAUAGCAGCCGAGCGUGGCCACGUAGAGAAUGUGAAGACCCUGCUCUCAUCAGGAGCCUCGCUGUCCACUUUGGAUGCUCACGGGAACACAGCGUUGGCACUAGCUGAGAGGAACAGCUGGAGACAUGCUGCUCACGCCCUGAGGGAAGCUAGAGAUGCAUUAGAAAGAGAGCGUUUGUCCCAGCAUGCAGCGCUUCGUGAGAUGGUGUCCCGCGGAGACUGCGCCCAGCUGAAGGCUCGGUUGAGCGCGCUCGGCAGCAGCGCCGGUCUGAUUGCUAAUCUUACGCCUGGUGGCGCCAACACCUUGUUAUACGUGGCAUCAGAAGCCGGUCUAACAGCAGCAGUCUCCUCACUCCUGGACGCCGGAGCUGAUGGCAGAGCUCACCCAGUCACCAAGUACUGUCCCCUGUACAUCGCCAGCUACCAUGGUCAUGUGGAAAUUGCGAAGCUGCUGUUGGCCUCAUUUCCUGAAGCUGUCCAGCAAGAAACGGUUGAGAAAUGGCUGCCUAUUCACGCGGCGUGUAUCGGCGGUCACGCUGCCCUAGUCACGCUGUUACUGGAGUACCCAUACCCUGAAAAUGUCCUGACCACAUAUACUGAUCCAAAAGGAGAAUGGCAGUGGCGAGCAGCCUUCGAUGUGAACGCUCGCGAUGUGUCUGGUCAGAGUGCACUGUACGUCGCGUGUACCCUCGGCAACCUGGCCGUGGUGGACGCCCUCCUAGCUCAUACAGUGCCUGCUAUACCAGCUCAUACUGGAGAUACUAACCAGGAGCCAGAAGACCCUCCUACUCCAGUGAGUCAGGCGCUCAGUCCUCAACGCGGUGGCAUUUCUCUGGGCAUACACGCCAUAGUCAGCAAAUUGACUGGAUCCUCAGCGAAUAAUGAACGUAAUACUUCGGAGCGUCGGAUCCGGCCCGUGAUUGUAGAGGCGGGGCGCGGUCGGGACUCGUGCGUGGCUUGCGCGGCCCGUGGAGGACAUCUUCGUCUUCUGCGCCGUCUUCUGGCCGCCGGGGCAGACGCUAAUGCUGAAGCCCUGCCCCCAGCUGAUGUGAUGGGUAGUGGGGAUAUGUCCCGGGACCGUCGUCGCUCCCGGUCUGCGUCGGCCGCCAUGACCGGCGCACGCGCAGCGUCGGGCCCGUCCCCCGCGCGGGGCGCAUAUCAUACUGACAGAGACAGUCCCUGGACAGCCCUGGCGAUAGCAGCUCGCGCGAAGAACAUCCAGGUGGUGGAACUCUUGCUGCAGCAUGGGGCCACGGACCCUCACUGCCGGGCCAUCCGGGAGUGCGCCAGGCAUGGACUCACUGAGUUACUGGCCAAACUGCUAGCUACUAAGGCUUAUCCAGACCCGGAUUACAAGUUAAAUAAGUCUACGAUAUCGGAAGCCCUCUUCAGUGACAGGGCCGGUGACUCGGCCCUCACGUAUUCGGCCCUCUGCCCAACUACAGCCGUCAUGGUGAACUGGAGGGAACUAAGGGCACAGCUAGCUACUAUACGCAUGUCUUGGGUCCGCGCGGCGUGUCUCCGCGUGAACAUCAAGCUGGGCGGCAGCGAGGCGGCGCUGCACGCGCUGACGCGGCUCGACGUCUCCAGCAACGACCUGAGGCUCCUACCUCCUGAACUCUUCACCAUGCUCAGCUUGAGAUACUUAAAUGCGGCCCAAAACAAGCUAGAACGCCUCCCCACAUCAGAAGAUCCAUUCGAAGAAGACCUUGAUUCCAAGAAGAAGAGGAAGAAACAGAAGACCAGACCUGAAGUCUACUCCGCACCAGUAUUGCAAGAGGUCUACUUACAGGACAAUCGUCUAGAGGAGUUACCAGCAUCUCUAUUCCGGCUGCCAUCGCUGACGACGCUGGACGUGUCAAACAAUAAGCUGCGCGCGCUGCCGGCCGCGCUGUGGACCGCCCCCGCCCUGCGGGACCUCAACGCCGCCCUCAACCACCUCCGGGACCUGCCCACUGGAGCACAGAGUAACUCGGAAUGCAGUAGCCCGCAGCAGUUGGCGUCUCCGACGGAGACUUCGCCCCAGCUUAGCGCUUCGCCCUCCAUUGGAAGCGCGCAGUUCGCUAUGGCUAUGCAAUCGAAAUCAUCGUCAAGAAGCCCAUCAAUAGAACGCAGUGAGUCGGAGGCUGUUGAUGAUGAUGAAAACGAUUCGAUUCCCGUGCUGGCCAACCGCGCUGGGAACGCUGUCUGGUCAGAAGCACGUCGAGCUCACACAUGGCGGGGUGUUGUAGAGGGGGCGCCGCCCUCGACUGCCCGAGGAGGCUCCGCCCUCACGGCGCUCAACCUCGCUCACAACCAGUUCACCUGCGUCCCCUGCGCCUUGGCGUGUAGAGCUCCGAAUCUCACCAGACUAAAUAUGGCUUAUAAUUCCCUUAGAUCGAUGUCCUAUGUGACAUCAUACCCAACCAGUCUACGGCAGUUGGACCUGAGCCAUAACGAAAUCACAUGCUGGCCCAGUCUACCUCAAGUGGAAAGUUUUGGUUCAACCGAAGGGGAUCCUCUGGCGUGUUUCUGUCCUAACCCUGGCAACAGCGUGAGGUCCCGGCCCCGCUCGGGUGGCUCUGUGAGGUCUCAGCUUCUCAGCGCCGCCUGUGUCGCCAGGCGACACCUUCGGCUCGAGGGGUUAAGGACGCUGGUCGGCAAACGAGCAGACGGAUUAGCUGAUGGUAAGCAAGCAGCGCUGCCCAUUGACACUCGCAACGGAGGAGUUACGAGUGCGUUGCCAACGUUUUAG